UUAAUGGCGAGGCCCACGUGAUCGAUCAUGUAUAAGCUGUAUUCUAAAAAGUCAAUUUUGUUACAGAAUUUAUCAGUGAAUAAGUUUAUAACUAAUAACUUCAAAUUGUAAUUGUAAAUAGUAAAAUAUUUUUGUGAUAGAUCAUAAAAAGAAACAUGUGUUCGCUAAAUGAUUGCAUAUAUGAUAGUAACAAUGAAGAAAUAAAUGAGAACGCAAAAGAUUUAUUAAUGAAUACAACACUAUGCAGAAAAUGCAGACGUGAAAAUAGUGAUGUAUUAUUAAUUGGCCAAAGUGGAUAUUGUAAAACAUGCUUUCUAAUUAUUACAAAUCAUAAGUUUAGAGCUACGCUUGGCAAAUCGAAGAUUAUUCGUCAUGGUGAUUCAAUAUUGGUCGAUCAUUUGGGUGAUUUAAAUUCCACUGUGCUUUUGCAUCUUAUUAAAUCUGGUAUGAGCGAGUCUGUUCAUAAAAAACUCAUCUUCAAGACAAUAGUUUUAUAUAUAGAUGAUGGUGCUACUAUGGGAAGAACGAUUGACGAAAGAAAAAUUCUGCAGUACAAAAUUGCCAAGGAAAUAGAAGAUUCGGGAUUUAAUGGUUAUGUCAUAUCAUUGAAUCAAGUUUUAAGCAAAGAAGAUACCUUAGAAGUAAAACCGAUUGAUUAUCAAGAAGUAUACUAUGAACAUAAAGAUCAUCUACGUACAAUAUUGAAUAAUUUACCAGAUAAUACUUCAAGAAUAGAUUUAUUACAUCAAUUACGACGAAGAUUGCUUGUAUCAACAGCACGAACACUGGGCUGUAAUAAAGUAUUUGUAACAGAUUCUGCUAUAGAUAUUGCCACAAAAGUGCUGGGUGAUAUAUGUUUAGGACGAGGUGCGCAACUUUCUAUGCUCGCAAACUUCUGUGACGCUCGUUGUGAUAUCAAGAUACUUAAACCAUUGAGAAAUUUCACACAGCAGGAAUUGGUAUAUUAUUCACAGCACUAUGAGAUAAAAUCUAUUAAAUUGAAAGAAUCUAAUGUGACAGCAACUUCUAUACAGGCAUUAGCGCGCAACUUCACGACAGGAUUAGAAUCUCAAUUUUCUGGUACAGUGUCUACUAUAUUUCGUACAGCCGAAAAAAUAAGUCCGAGAAUUAACGCACAGCAAAAUAUAGAAGAUAGUUGUGUAUUGUGUGACGCAAGAUUAGAUACUACAUCUAGUGAUCAAAUAUCCGCCGUGAGGGCGAUUGAAAUUUCCAAAUUGGUAUCUUCAAAUAUUGACACAAGGACUUCUAGUAAUAAAGAAAAGGAAGAAUCAAAUGAUACAAUUCUAUGUUUAGACAAAAUAAACUGUAAUGAUAAUAACGAGUGUAAUUGUAAGAAAAGAAAAAUAACUGCGGAAGAUGUUUGGAGGUAUCUUUGUUAUAGUUGCAGAUUAAUAUUUCGAAAUUCAGAUAUUUUAAAUACCUUACCAAUGCCAUUAUUAUCUGCCGUUCAACAAAGAUUAGCCUUAAAAAGUAUGAGAGAGGAAAUUAAUGACUUUUUAUUAUAAAUAAAUGAAAUUUUAUUAUAAAUAGUUGAAAUAUUAUUUUUGAAUCAUACUUACACAAACUUUAUCAGAUAGGAAAAUAUGAAA